AUGUCGGGCAUUGAAGAAGUGUCAAACUCUCAAGAGCCACAUGAGGAGAUUAUGGGGAAUGAGGACAAUUUUGACGGGGAACAAGAGAUUAUUUACGAGGAGUCCUUGCAAGGGGGAUAUGUGUUUUAUAGGGAUCGGAAAGAAUGGGCUGAUUUAGAACCCGUUCCUCAGGACGACGGCCCCAAUCCAGUGGUGAAAAUAGCCUACUCGGAGAGAUUCACGGAUGUAUAUGACUACUUCAGAGCAUUAUUGAAAAAUGAUGAAAAAAGUGAAAGAGCAUUUGCACUUACUGCUGAAGCCAUUGAUCUGAAUGCAGCCAAUUAUACUGUAUGGCACUAUCGGCGAGUGUUGCUGCAGGCCCUGCAGAAAGAUCUGAGAGAGGAGAUGAGAUACAUCACAGCCAUCAUUGAGGAUCAGCCCAAGAAUUACCAAGUUUGGCACCACAGACGUAUGGUGGUUGAGUGGCUCAGUGACCCCUCUGAAGAACUGGAGUUCAUAGCACGUAUUCUGGACCAGGAUGCCAAGAACUACCAUGCAUGGCAGCAUAGACAGUGGGUCAUCCAGGAAUACAAAUUGUGGGAUGGAGAGUUGGAAUAUGUUGAGCGGUUGUUGGAGGAGGACGUCAGGAAUAACUCAGCCUGGAACCAGAGAUACUUUGUCAUUAGUCAUACCACAGGCUACUCAGACCCAGCGGUGCUGGACAGAGAAGUCCAGUACAGCCUCAGUCAGAUUAAGAAAGCACCCCACAAUGAAAGUGCAUGGAACUAUCUGAAAGGGAUCCUCCAGGACAGGGGUUUGUGCUCAUAUCCAGGCUUACUGGGGCAGGUUUUGGAGCUGCAGGAGACUCGCAGCUCCCCAUAUCUCGUCGCCUUCUUAGUAGACAUUUACGAAGAUGCACUGGAGACGUCUAACAGCAGUUACGACCAACAGGAGACUCUGAGAAAAGCCGUGCAGCUGUGUGAGCUUUUGGCCCAGGAGAAAGACACCAUUCGGAGGGAGUAUUGGAGGUACGUGUCACGUUGCCUCCAAAACAAGUACGGCUCAGGAGAAACUGCGGCUUCUGCCUCAGCUAACCCUCCUCCUGUAGAGGAGCAGGAGAACACCAGCAAUGACUGACGGAGACCCCAGGAAGGGAUGCUGGGAUUCGGGGAGCAAAGACUGACAGAGACUUAGGGCCGGUUAUGGGUGUACACACCUGGAACCUGAGCUUACCACAUUGGUAAUGUUCUAACCAAACGUUUGCAAAGUUAAGGAAUGGCUCAAAAAUAGACAAAUUAAUAGAGCUCCUGUAUACAUGGUUGACUUGAGCAGAUGGUACAACAGUGUACUGUGAAUUUCCUUGUUGGUAGUCUCUCAGAUAUACUUACUGAGGUUCGUUAAGUCGGUGGAAAGUCUUACAUCAUCUUAGUGCAGGAACUGUUACAUUAUAACAAACUAUCAAGUAUAGAGGGAAACCGUUUGCCAAAACAUUUACUGUAACAGCAAACUUAAUGUUGCUCUGGGCUGUAUUGUCUUUUGUAUGCUUUGGAAAUAAUGUUGUUUAACGCAAAUAUAAAUAUACUCUGCAACUUUC